AUCAGGCAAUCUUCGUUAGAUGCCGCAUCAUUGUUCUUCAGUACCACAGCAAAGCAUCUCCUCCGCUACCAGCUGUGGCCAAGAGCGCUAUCAUUUUCCUAAGAGCAUUGAAAGAGAAAGGAGUGUGAUCCCAGCGUUGUUCCGAUGUAGAAUUGUUUUCCCUCGGAGCCCUUGAGCAUCCGGUCUCGCUUGGAUUUCCUCACAAAGUCAAAUCCACCAGGACAGAGUAUGACAUCUGCACCUUUCCAUAGGAUUCUACGACCCCUUUUGCUCGGCACAUUUCUACUAGGAUGCUUUGUGACUCUGUUUUUGAUGUACUUUAAACCAUCCACGAGCUGGCUUUCCGGUCCCGUAGAGUCCACAGCAUCCACAGAGCACGGGAAGACCCUCUUCUCCACCAAGAGCGACAAGAACCUGACCAUCGUUCUGGUCUGGCUCUGGCCCUUCGGACAGACGUAUGACCUCACUGUGUGCAGCUCCCUGUUCAACAUCGAGGGCUGCCUCAUCACAGCGGACAGGAACCUCUACAACAAGUCUGAUGGCGUGGUCGUUCACCACAGGGACAUCUGCACGGACAUGUCCAACCUGCCCCCCUUCCAGAGGCCAUCCUUCCAGAAGUGGGUAUGGAUGAACCUGGAGUCCCCCUCUCACUCCUCCCAGAUCCCGGGCAUCGAGAACCUGUUCAACCUCACCCUCAACUACCGACAGGACGCUGACAUUGAAGUGCCUUACGGAUCCAUCGUGGCGGUGGAGGGAGAGGAGGACUUUGUUCCACCGAGCAAAAGCAAGCUGAUCUGUUGGAUCGUGAGCAACUGGAACCCGGACCACGUGCGGGUUAAGUACUACAACGAGUUGUACAAACACAUCGAGGUUCACGCAUACGGGCAGGCCUUCGGAGAGUACAUCGCCGACCAAGACUACUAUCCCACCAUCGCCAGCUGCAAGUUCUACUUGUCAUUUGAGAACUCAAUUCAUAAGGACUACAUCACUGAGAAACUCUACAACCCACUUUCCGUAGGCACAGUGCCAGUGGUUCUUGGCCCCGCGAGGCAGAACUAUGAAAACUUUGUCCAGGGAGAUGCAUUCAUCCACGUGGAUGACUUCACUUCGCCUAAAGAGCUGGCAGACUACCUGCUACUUUUGGAUAAGAACGAGGAGAUGUAUCUCAGGUACUUUGAAUGGCGGCGGCACUUUAAAGUGAAGAAGGCCUAUUUCUGGGCAGAGCACACAUGCCUGGCUUGUGAUUACCUGCGAAGGCAUAAAGAAUACAAGGCGGUGAACAACCUUGACAAAUGGUACUGGGGUGGAUAAGGCUUGCAAGGGGCUAUGCAGUCCCAUUUCCUUAUGCUCUGUUCUCUAGGCCCUUCGUUCCAUCUCCUGAGGGUCCUCACAUUUAAGUGCAGCGACUCCUUUUAUUUCUAUUUGUGCUGUCGUCAAAAUUGGACAUUAUUUCCACACUGUUUGUAGGCUUGCCUUUCUUUGCCUUUUUCUUGAUUCUUAUCUGCUUAAUUUAUGACUUUAAUUAAUUUUUUAAUUGAUCUCAAAACGCAUGCGUUUUUUUGUCAUACUCUUUGAUAUCAUAUUUUGCACUUGAUUUCAGAACAUAUUUGCUGCUAUUUUGUGGCAUGCUUAAUUGCUGUUAUUAUUAUCGUGCAGUGCUUGAUUGGAUGUAUGUACUCGUACAAUCUGGUUAAUGUUUAUGUGUAAAAAUUACAUUACACAAAUUUCAUUUCCAUCAUGUGGUGCAUACUGGAACUCUUAAUUAAUCUGUGAGAGAACAGUGUUAUAUGAACAUGUUAAAAUAUAGCAUAACUAUUUAUUAAACGGAGGGCAUGAUAAGAUAAGACCAGUCUUGUCUGUGAUAUUGACCCAGUCAUUUAUCAAGUCUUUACUGAGCCCCAACGUGGAAGUUUAGUUCAAUUGUGUCAUCACAUGUGAAAUGUACAUAUACAUACUGUGUAAUUUUGAAUCUAUCAAAACAGUUGUCUCUUCCAUAGACUUUUUUUUAUGCUGUUGACAGACUGCAUUUGCAAUGUGAAACCCAGGGGACAGAGGAAUAAUCAAAGAUCUAUUUAAAACACCAGAUGGGGACACAGUCAUGUAGGUCCACUGACGUGUGUGCAUAUCCCAUGUAAGGCAAGUUUGGAUGGUUUCCACAUGGAGGGUGGGAGGGAAAAAUCCCUCCACAAAAGUUAGG